AUGUCUAUUCCAGCCAGCAUGAGCUUAUCCGCUGUUGGGGUCGUUGGUGCCGUCAACGAAUGUGUCACUUUGUUUCAAUGGGCCAAAUCUGCCAUUCCCUCUCUUUACUCCCGAUGGAGUGGCUCACAGGAGCAGAUUCUCCAGGACCAUGUGUUGCAGUUGGAGAGUGGCCUACAACGCCUCAGGGACACCCUUCCUGCAAUAUACGACCUCGUUAAUAAAGCAGAGUGGAGAAGCCACGAACCUGUUGUGGCCAAGCUCCUUCCUAAUCUCAAGGAUGCAGUAGCUGAGGCCGAGGAUCUUCUUGAUGAAUUUGGAUGGUACGAGAAGAAGGUACAAGUGGAGGGCAAUGCAAGCCAAUCUUCUUUCAUUGACUUCUUUCAUACCGUCGUACAAGGCAGCUUCAACAAACUGAAUGAUGUACAAUUGAGGUUGAACCAUCUUUCAAAUAUGGGGCUUCGUGGAGUUACACGAUGCUUUGACAAAUUAGUCAGGCCAGAGACCACAUCCUUACCAAAUGAAACAAAAAUAUUUGGUCGUGACAAGGAACUAAAGCAGCUAUUGGGAUUUCUCAAUGUACCUACAAUUUCAAAACGCAAGAGAGCAACUAAAACUAGUUCAAUCAAUGCAUCAGCAAGCAACCAUGUUAGUAAUGAAUCAAGAGCAUUGGAUCUUCCUGUUUUGCCAAUUGUUGGAAUUGGUGGUGUUGGAAAGACUACAUUGGCCCAACAUAUUUGUAGCCAUCAACAAGUGAAAUCUCACUUUGAACUGAUAAUUUGGAUUUGUGUUUCAGAUGACUUUGAUGUGAAGAGGUUAACUAAAGAAGUAAUACAAUCAUGUACUGGAAAUGAGGCAACCAGUGAUAAUUUGGAUUCUCUUCAGCGUGCUCUCUCUAACCAUGUGAACAACAAAAGGUUAUUGAUAGUUCUUGAUGACACGUGGGAUGAUGCCUUGAAGGAAAAUGGGCAGUGUUGGAAGAGGUUUUGUGCACCUUUUAGAAGUGCCCUAGAUGGAAGUACAAUGUUGGUCACCACUAGAUGUCCAAAUGUUUCCCAGGGGGUACGCACAAUGGAGCCGAUUAUAGUUGAAGGUCUGAAGGACGACAUCUUUUGGAAUUUCUUCAAAUUGUGUGCGUUUGGAUCAGAGGGUUCUAACAGUGAUCCUGAGUUAGAGCACAUUGGUAAAUGUAUACUUCCUAAGCUGAAGGGUUCACCUUUGGCCGCAAAAACUCUAGGGCGCAUGUUAAGCAUGGACCUUCAAGCAUCGCAUUGGAAUUCCAUACGUGAGAGUGAACUGUGGGAGUUGAAACAAGAGGAGACUGACAUUUUGCCUGCACUUCGGUUGAGCUACAUGUAUUUACCGUUCUAUUUGAAGCAAUGCUUUGCAUUUUGUGCUGUGUACCCCAAAGAUUACAAAUUUGAUAAGACACUCUUAGUUGAAAUUUGGGCGGCAGAAGGCCUUGUGGAUCCUCAAGGUGGUAUUCCGAUUCAAGAUAUUGGUUAUCAGUAUUUUGAAGACCUUGUCACACGAUCCUUCUUCCAAAAAAUCAGCAGUAGAUAUGUCAUUCAUGACUUGCUACAUGAUAUGGCACAAAUGGUUUCAAAGCAGGAUUGUUGCAUCUUAAGAAAUAAGAGUGACUUGGAUAAGGUUCCCCAAAAUGUUCGUCAUCUCUAUGUACUCCCUAGCAGUGAGUUUGAUGAUUCCAGCUUGUUGAGGCUAUGCAAGUACACAAAGUUGCGUACCAUAAUUUGCAAGAAGGAUUUAAAGAAGAAAGCAGGCUUUGUAAUGAGCAAAUGGUGUACUAAACUUCCGCGUAUGCGCGUCAUUUCUUGUGUCUCCACAGAUGAGUUACCAGAUAAUAUUGGCAACUGGAAGCAUCUUCAGUACAUUGAGAUCGUCAAAGCUCGUCCUUUGAAGAAAAUUCCUUCAACAUUUUGUUGGCUUUAUCAUUUGCAGAUUUUAUAUGCCAAGAAUUGCAGGCUAGAGAGCUUGCCCGAUGGCUUUAGUAAGUUGAUUAGUUUAGGGAAGUUCGAAUCAGUUGGAUUAACAUAUUAUGAUGGGCGUCGUAUGUGUCUUGGUCACACCAAUAAGUGCAGAGAAUUUACGUUACUAAAGAAUCUGAACCGGUUUCGUGGGCACUUGCAGCUUAUUGAUGUUCGCGUGCUAAGUAAGGAUCAUGCCGCAGAAGCAGACCUGAAGAAUAAGAAAUAUCUUCAUGGGUUGAAACUGGAUAUGGGGAAGCCUGAGGAUCAUGCCAUAUAUUACCAUGGGCUUUAUAUCCCCAACAAUGAUAUAGAAGUGGUUGAAGUUCUGCAGCCUCCUCUCAGUCUGAAGUCUCUCGUCCUAAAAUAUUAUGACAGUAUCUCGCUCCCAAGUUGGUUUCAACCAAAAAACCUGACAAGCUUAAAAUCACUUACUUUUGAAUGUUGUUUUCAACUUGGGAGCAUAUCACCUCCUGCAUCACUUGAGAAAUUGGUGAUCAAGGAUUGUCCAAACCUAGUUUCAAUUGGUGGAGCAAAGGCAGUUGCAAAAAUAAAGACUGUGGAGAUAUCCAUGUGCCCGAAGUUAAAGGAAGCGGAGCAGAUCAACAAAAUAUCCCGCCUAAGAGACUGGAGGCACCGAAGAGAAAUAGCUAAAUUAAUUGGAAAAUGA